AUGUAUCAAGACCAAUCGGAGUAUUUAUAUUUACCGGAGGAAGUAGGAGUCACCAAUCUAAGUCCGAUAAGUAAAAGUAUAGCAAUGAUGGGAGUAUUUGUGCAUGUUUCGAAUCUUUUUUUUUCUCAUUGUUAUAUAGUUAUGAUACGAUAUUAUAAUUCUCAGUUCAAAAGGAUAUUUUCUAUCAAGUCAUUUCUUUUCUUUUCUUUCCUUUCCCUUUUAGAAUUAACUAUAAUUAUUAUUAUUUUCGGUUAUCAAAGUUUCUCAGUCAUAAUUAAUCCACACGAUUGGACUGGAUCAGAGGAACAUGUCAGUUUUGUAAUAUCCGGGGAAAUAUUUGAAUAG